AUGUGCGAAGACAGGCAUUCGGAAAGCUCUGCGGGUGACGGCGUCGCCUCGACACGCGCCUACCCUCCAAGUGCAAGUGGGCGGAGCUCCAGACCACCUUCGCCAGGUGCUGUUGCUUCGGAGGCGGCCGGCCGGCGCAUUCCCCGAAGCCCUCUCGCGCCCCACGCAGAGAGCUUGAUAGACAUGGAAAUCCCACAAGCGGCACCGUCACCGCGGCCGGGCAGGAAAAGGGGCCUUGACGAGCUAUUUGGCGACAGCACGCCGCCGUCGCCUGAUAAGCUGCAGCGCGAGCUCGAUCGGCAGCAUCAGGAGGCCCUUGAGGCUCGCCGCUCCUCCUCCUCGUCCUCCUCCACCUCACUUCUCAUCCCCACUGGUGCUCACCCUGGUGUCCGGGUCCAGGACAGCAAGCGGCAGAAGAAACUUGUCUAUCGAUGCAAGCCCGCCGAACACGAUGCGACGCCGCGCUCGACAGUCGGCCGCGGCAACGACGACGGUGACGGGUAUUCGUACGCGGCGGAACGACUAUCCGGCUCCCCUGCAGACUCUUCAAGACACCACGACGCGAAGGUCUCGCAUCGCCCGCCGCCAACCCAUCCCGUGAUACCACCCAUGCAGGAACAGGAAGAUUGA